AUGCUGCGGCCAGCAGGGCUCUGGCGCUUAUGUCGGCGACCUUGGGCGGCGAGGGUCCCAGCGGAGAAUCUUGGCCGUAGGGAAGUCACCUCUGGUGUCUCUCCCCGCGGUAGCACCUCGCCGAGAACCCUGAAUAUCUUCGACCGGGAUUUGAAAAGGAAACAGAAGAACUGGGCGGCCCGGCAGCCCGAGCCGACCAAGUUUGACUACCUGAAGGAGGAGGUUGGAAGUCGGAUUGCAGACCGCGUAUAUGACAUACCCAGAAAUUUCCCCCUUGCUUUGGAUCUUGGUUGUGGAAGAGGUUACAUUGCACAAUAUUUGAAUAAGGAAACUAUUGGAAAGUUUUUCCAAGCCGACAUUGCAGAAAAUGCUUUGAAAAAUCCCUUAGAAACAGAAAUACCUACUGUCAGCGUUUUAGCUGAUGAAGAAUUCCUUCCCUUCAAAGAAAAUACAUUUGACCUGGUGGUUAGCAGUUUAAGUUUGCAUUGGGUGAAUGACCUUCCUAGAGCACUUGAGCAGAUUCAUUAUAUUUUAAAACCAGAUGGAGUGUUUAUCGGUGCAAUGUUUGGAGGCGACACACUCUAUGAGCUUCGGUGUUCCUUACAGUUAGCGGAAACAGAAAGGGAAGGAGGAUUUUCUCCACACAUUUCUCCUUUCACUGCUGUCAAUGACCUGGGACAUCUGCUUGGGAGAGCUGGCUUUAAUACUCUGACUGUGGGAAAAGCUCUGAUUGACAAUGUUUAGUUUGUAUAACACAUCUUAAUUGACACAAGUCUACCCUCUUGAGAAUCGUCUCCUAUAUUGCUGUGUCACCAACCUAUCACUGAGAUGAAAAAAGAAUCUCCGGGAAUGUAAAGCCUCUAAAAAGUAUAGGAGGUGUAGGACUGGGAUGGUGUGGAGACGUGUAGUGCACAUUUUCAUGAGGUGAUGUUAAAACAUUUAUACGAGGUCAUACAGGUUAGUCAGCAAUAUUACAGGACUCAAAAGUUAUUGCCCAUUAGGAAAAAAAAUGGUAUUUCUGCUAAUCACCAGAAGAAAGUUAAAUUAUGUGAACUACACAUGGUUUUCUGUGGUUUUAAAGAAUGAGUUUUAGAAAGAUUUCUACUAAAAAUGUUUAACCUGAUGUUAAAAUGUUUAAAAGCCUACAUUUCUAUUAAUUGGGAAAUAUAAUUCAGAAAUACUAUCCAUAUUCUCUAAAAGUGAGCCUAAUGACUCAUACUUUAAUAUAAUGUAAAAAUAUUGGUGUAGAAUCUUCUUUAGUUUAUACAAUUAGAAAGUUGCUGAUUUAAUAAGAAAGUUAUGAGAAUGUCUUCUUGAAUCAUUACAUUUAUCCUGUGAAGCAUGUAUACAGUUUUGUUUCUGAAGUGCUGUAUUAAUAUUGUGUCCUGGCCAGGCACAGUUGUUCACUCCCAUAAUCUCAGCACUUUGGGAGGCCUAGGUCGGAGAAUCACUUCAGCCUGGGAUUUCAAGACCAACCUGGGCAACAUAGGGAGACCCCAUCUCUAAAAAAAAAAAAUUUUAAAUUAGCUGGGCCUGCCUGUAGUCCCAGCUACUCGGGAGGCUGAGAUGGAAGGAUUGAGCCUGGGACGUUGAGGCUGCAGUGAGCCAUGAUCUCACCACUGCACUCCAGCCUGUGUGACAGAGCAAGAUGCUGUCUCCAAAAAAAAUAAUAAUAAUGUGUGUUCUAAUUCAUUUUCUAAAAAUUCCCAUCCAAAAAAGCUUUUGUAUAAUCAGCUAUACAGGUUUAUGUUGCAUACAUUAGAUAUAUUACUUUUACACUACAAUGGAUUUUUAUUUUUAAAGUGAAAUCGAGUCAAAUUAGUAUCAUAUAGUUGUAUUUACAUCUUAAUGUAUUUUCAUCUUAAUGAAUUAUUUUCAGAGAAUGAGCAUUCUAAGUAAAGCUGAUUUCCGUUUUAGAACUGAACUACCAGACUAGUACUUUAAGAGAAUGGUGCAAGGCCUGGCACAGUGGCUCACGCCUCUAAUCCUAAUACUUUGGGAGGCCAAGGCAGGCAGAUCACAAGGUCAGGAGAUCGAGACCAUCUUGACUAACACAGUGAAACCCCGUCUCUACUGAAAAUACAAAAAAAUUAGCUGGGCGUGGUGGCACAUGCCUGUAGUCCCAGCUACUUAGGAGGCUGAGGCAGUAGAAUAGCUUGAACCUGGGAGGCGGAGGUUGCAGUGAGCCGAGAUCGCACCACUGCACUCCAGCCUGGGCGCUGGGUGGCAAAGUGAGACUCCGUCUCAAAAAUAAAAUAAAAAAAAUGGUGCAGAUAUGGUCCCCUUUUAAUUUAAAUAAGGCCUUCAGCAAAGCUGUUGUGACAUUCUUUUGAUUGAGGUGGAGAUAGUGCUUUUAGUUGGUUGCACUGAAGAAUUGUUUUCAAAGGAUAUUGCUUAAUGGCUAGAUAACAGCCUGGAAAGAAUUUUGUUUUUAAUCGUAGGAUCUCCUCUUAAAAAUAGCUUGUUAAUAUGGAAAAGUGAUGAUGAAUGUUCAUGGUCCCACUAGCUAGAGGUCUCAUUAAAAAGCAUACACAACCUGAUACACGUAUAUGUUUUUUUAAAGAAGAAUAAUGUAUAUAUAGAGUGAUACAGUGGGGUGUAAAGUGAAACGAAGUCUCCUCCUCCUGACUUCUCCCUCUGUUGCCCAGGCUAGAGUGCAGUGGUGAGAUCUCCGCUUACUGCAACCUCUGCCUCCCAGGUUCAAGGGAUUCUCAUGCCUCUGCCUCCCAAAUAGCUGGGACCAGAGGCGUGUGCCAUCACA